CCGCGGCGCAGCCGGCCCCUCCCACACUCGAGCGCACGCGCCUGGCCAGCCCCCAGCUAACGGCCGACCUAGCAGGAAUUCGCGCGCCCGCCAGGCUGGCGAAGGCCGGGGCUUGCUCAAGGGACGCUUUGCCCAGCUCGAUUUCCUUGCCUCCCAUUGGCCACCGCGGAAGGGCUCAGCUUCGCGAUUGGCUAGGCCCUGUUGCCAAUCUUGAGUUCUGGGACACAUAUAAAAUGGGUAGAAAAGAUUCUUCUUCUGCAAGAGCUCCUGUUGAGCAGCACAGAAAACAAAUAGGAAAACAAGAUUACAAGAAAACCAGGCCAAUGUUAAAAGCAACAAGAUUAAAAGCAGAGGCCAAGAAAACUGCGCCAGGCAUGAAGGAAGUCAGCCUCAUCCUUGGAGCUAUAUUGGUAUUUCUGGUAGCAUGUUAUGCUUUCUUUUAUCUUAACCUGUCCGAAGAGGUUGACCUUGAACUGGAUCAAGAUGAAAACUAGCAGAUGUCUUUUUUGCAAGCUUUUUUUUCUAGAAAAGAUGAUGAUGAAGAACAAGCCGUCUCUUCACAGAGGUGGCCAUAACUUGAACAAGUUCCUGCACUUUGGAAACUUUUGAAAUAUUGUAGCAAGGCUUACUAAUGAUGAAGCCCACUGACCAAACCUCUGUUAUUCAACCUGGCUUCGUCAAUGAUAUAGAGCCUUUUCUUAGUUUGUUUCAUAAUUUGAGCUGGAAAAUAUUUGAUUCCGGAAUACAAUUUCCUACAUUUAUGAGCAUUACUAUGUUGGAGGGCAGACUCUGAUUUCCCUGGACUCAUCUUGGAAUUAAUUUGUUAUUUUCAAAGGAUGACAAACCGAAACCAAACAGGAUGGAACUGGAUGAAGUUACAUUGUCUGUGCUGUCUGUGGGCAUGCUUCCAUUAUUAAGAAUGUUAAGUUGCAUUAAAGGCAGUAGGAAAGUUUCAAGCAUAUGUUUAAUUCUUAGACUAAUACCAGUGAGAAUUUAAGUGUGCUUAACUAUAGCUGGAUCAUACCCAGUAAUUAGUGAGAACAAGUAUUAGUAUGCCAAGGUUUACUUUGACUUUGCGAGCAAAAAGUGUAGACAAGCUGGAGAAGAGGGAUUCGACCACACCAGCACAGUCUUCUCCGUAUCAAUGCAUCAAGUGUACCCUCUUGCACCAUUGGCCACGAUGCUGCAAAAACACACAUAGGUUGCAUUGAUUUCAGUGAGAGAGUAAAACGUGCUUAAAUCCCAUUCAGAAUAAGGAGAUUGUAAAAUGCUGAAUGUUGGCUGGAAGAUGGUCAUUGUUAUUAACUGCAAAACAGUCCAAUGCUCAAAAGAGUCCAGAGGAUGCUAACCAGGAAAGCACAAUUUAUGGACAAUUCACGAAUAGGUAAGGCCUAUUGAGUUCAAUUGGACUUGUUCCCAGAUAGGUGUGUAUAGGAUUGCAGCCUAGGUUGGUUGCAACCUCUGCAAGUGUCAAUAUCAAACAAGCAGUCUUAAUUCAUGGGGAUUUUUAAAAACUAAUUUGCAAAGAUCACCUUGAGUUAACCACCUCGCGUUUCCAUUUGCAAUGAAAGCAGAUUUUAACCGAGAAAAUAAUUAAAGGUAAUUUAUGGUAUUGGCCUACAAGUUGAUAUACUUGGAUUUAUUUCCUAACAGCAAAUUAAACUGUGCUGAAGUAUAGCCUUCAGUGAGAGAACCAAGAACCAGACGAGAGAAGUGUAAUCAAAUAUUUUAAGAUUGGAGCUAAUGGAAACACGGGUCACUACACUGCUCUUCCCUCUCCCAAUGGGACCUACGUUUACCAUCAAAGCAUUUUCUGCUGUGGCUUUCAAUGGAUGUUUAUAUAGAAUAUGGAGAGCCUCAGCUCAGUAAAAGCUACUUGGAGUCAACUCUGAUCAAACUCUACGAUCCAAAGCUUCCAAAUUAUCAAGAGUUGCCAGAAGAAACACUUCCCAAAUAAGCAUGCUUUAAUAAUUUGUAAUUGUAGCACAUCUAUACAUAGAAUCACACGGCAAACCUCUCUGUUUAGAAGAACCCUUCUAUUCCUUUUUUAAAAAAAUAUUUUUUGGUGCAAGUUUAUUUUCAGUGUCACCCUGGCUCCUUUGUGCAUAUAUAUCAGCAGUCAUCUUUUUCAUUCAUUGCCAACUGUUCAAGGCACAUGUGUUCUGUCAGAAAUGGCACCUGGAUGACAGAAGCUCAAGCAUUCACAUAUGCCUCUGAAGCAGAGUUCCUUGCCUCUUGGGCUAUCUUAACGAAUGUAAAUAGAAAGUUCAGUCGAUGUUGAUUUUAAUUAGCGCAUUGCUUCAUUAAUAUAAAGUUGAAAUUCUGUUUUAAUUAUACCAUUGCUGCUCCUGCAAUAUCAACAUGGAAGAUACAUGGUUGCUGGUUGUUUUUUAAAAAAUCUCUUUGGCAAUUAGGCAGUCAUUUUUCAUAAGUUCAAAUAACGGUUAACAAACCUUUUCCAUACAAAUUCCCAGUAAAUUUGAAACAUCCUGGCUCCUUAAUACUUUCUUGUAUGAUACAAUUCUAAAUAUAAUGUAUAAGGGUUUUUCCCCCUAACCUCAGUUCCAAGGAAAAAUAGAUAAUACAAAAAAUGCAUCUGAGUAUAUGAUAAGGUCUGCAUUUUUUUUUUUUUACUUGUGAUGAAUUUGUGCAGAUUUGAUGGUUGGGAAAUUUAUGAUGCUGUUCACAUGGUUCGUUCAUUUUAAUGGGGCAUCAGAGAAGCCCUAGUGCUGAUUAGGAUAUGGAAGCUUAAUAGAGAAUUGUUUGGUAUGUUUAUUGAAGCCUUGAAAUUCAUUUUAACAUCCUGACCAUAAAGCUACUCUGCUCAGUCUGUGGACCAAAUCAUAGGUGUUUCUUUCGCUGUUGUUUGUCAUAAAGAUUUUGAAAGUCAGCUAUUAUAAUGCAUCCAAGUUGAAAGAUACAACAUGAAAACAUUCCAAAAACAGGAAACAUAAUGCAGAUCAAUCCAAACUGAAAAAUUGGUCACUUUACAUGUAAAGUUUUACUUCUUUUGGCAGGAUAAUUUAGGUUUUUUAUGACUAAAGAAAUGAUAAUAUGGUACUUGACUGAAAUAGCAAAAAAGAAGAAGAGAGAGGUAGUGUUGGAAUUGCUUCCUGGCAUUUUUUUGUAGUGAAUUCUGCUUGUAAUUGUGAGAAUGAAAUUGGCAAAUGAAUAAACUGGCUAUGAUUAUU